AUGCCAAAGCGACCCAAUGAGGCCGAUGAUGAGCAUGCCUCUCCUGAUGCAAAGAAGAUCAAGCUUGGUAUUCCAUCAGACCCAGUCAAAUUUAGCCAUGCCGAUUAUACAAUUGGAUGGAUUUGUGCAUUGCCAAAAGAGCAAACAGCGGCGAUUGCCAUGCUAGACCAAAAGCACCCAGAUCUUCCAUCUCUCGCUAAUGAUGACAACGCCUACACCUUUGGAUCAAUUGGUGGUCAUUACAUUGUCAUAGCCUGUUUACCGAAAGGCCGGUAUGGCACCAAUUCCGCGGCGACAAUCGCGACAAAGAUGCUCAGUUCCUUUCCAUCCAUUAAAUUCGGGCUAUUAGUCGGGAUUGGAGGCGGCAUCCCUUCCAAGGUUCGACUUGGAGAUGUCGUGGUUAGUGCGCCAAUUGAUCAAUACCCAGGAGUUGUUCAAUGGGACUUGGGUAAGGCGGAAGACGGCGGAAGAUUUAAACGAACUGGAGCGUUGAAUAGCCCGCCGAAUGCACUCCUCAAAGUCUUAUCAAAGCUGGAGUCUGAGCAUGAGAUGCAAGAGUCUAAGAUCCCCAUCUUCUUGGAUGAAAUGAAACAGAAAUACCCAAAAUUAUACCCAAAAUACUUUUGGAAUCAGUCGCUUGGAGAUCCUCAAGACCAAAGCGGCGAACGAACGGCGAUGAGAUGCCCAGACAUUCACCAUGGCUUAAUCGCAUCUGGUAACCAAGUCAUAAAAGACGCUGCAGUCCGCGACCGCCUCAACGAAGAUCUUGACGGGAAUGUACUAUGUAUUGAAAUGGAGGCUGCGGGAUUAAUGAACGACUUUCCGUGCCUCGUUGUCCGAGGGAUUUGUGAUUAUGCAGACUCGGGUAAGAACAAAGAUUGGCAAGAGUACGCUGCUGCUGUUGCGGCAGCUUAUGCGAAGGAAAUUCUUUCCAUGUUGCAGAUUUGGGCCGUGGAGCACAUGGAGUCAGUUCAAGACAUCUUGUCGAAUAUUAAUGCAGAACUUGGAAGCAUACAGACAGCUUUUAGUGAAAUGGCAACUCGACAGUACGCUCAAGGCCACCAAGCUUUUUUAAAUUGGCUAACGCCAGUCGACUAUACAUUACAGCAAAAAGAUUACUUCAGCAAGCGGCAACCUGGAACUGGGAUUCCCGGAGCUGGAAAAACAAUCCUUACAUCUAUGGUGAUUAACAACCUUUAUGAACGAUUUAAUAACGAUCCUACGGUGGGCAUUGCAUACCUAUACUGCAAUUUUCGUCGGCACGAUGAGCAGAAGCUCCAUGAUUUAUUAUUAAGCCUAGUGAAACAGCUGGCUCUUGGUCAAAACAUGUUACAACAAGAUGCUAAGAAGAUAUUCGAUGAAUAUAAGACUAAAAACCAACGCCCAUCGCUGGAUGAUACAAAAGAGCUUCUUGGAUAUAUGGUAGAUUCAUAUCUGAGAGUAUUUAUCCUUGUUGAUGCUCUUGACGAAUGCCAGGGGUCGGAUGGAUGCCGAGCAAAUCUUCUAACAGACAUGUUCUUUCUUCGGGAAAAGUCAAAGCUGAACAUUUUUGCGACCUCGAGACUAAUCCCGGAAAUUAUGAAAAAGUUCGAGGCUUGCAAAUGCAUAGAGAUUCGUGCGAGCGGGGAUGACGUGCGAAGAUACGUGCAUGGCCAACUAGACGGAGGUAACAUGGAGCAUCUACCAUCUCUAAUCAAACACAAGCCAGAUCUGAAAGAUGAGAUUAUAAAAGGCAUAUCAGAUGCCGUUGACGGAAUGUUUCUCUUAGCAAAGAUAUAUCUCGACGUACUCGUUGAUAAAGUCACCGUCACAGACGUUAGAGAAGCAGUCGCGCAGCUGCCAAAGCAGGUGACAGGAUCCGGAGAAGACAAAAGACUGGAAAUACUAAAUCAAGCAUACGAAUCUGCCUGGGAAAGGAUAAAUGGACAAAAAGAGGGAUUUCGGAACCUUGCCACGCGAGUUCUAACGUGGAUCUCCUCUGCAAAGCGGCCGAUGUCCACAGAAGAACUCCAGCAUGCUCUCGCAGUUAAAGUCGGUAUGAAUGAGCUUGAUGAAGAUGCUAUGCCACAAGUUCAUGAUAUGGUGUCGUUCUGUGCUGGGUUAGUCACUGUCGAUGAAGAGAGUAAUGUCAUCAGACUGGUACACUACACAACACAAGAAUUUUUCGAGAAGAAGAAGAGCGAUUGGUUUCCUAAUGCAGAGGCUAUGAUUGCAGAAAUUUGCAUAUCUUAUCUUUCAUUCACAGCCUUUGGAAAAGAUUGCCUAGACGGACCUGAUCUGGACGAAUCUGAUCUGGACGAAUCAGACGAAUCAGACGAAUCAGACGAAUCAGACGGAUCAGAUCUAGAUUUGUCCUCUUACAAAUUUUAUAGGUAUGCCAGUUAUUACUGGGGUCACCACGCACGCACUGCUGGAAGAAAACUGAAUGAGAGUGUCGUGGAAUUUCUCAUGAGCGGGGCUAAGGCUUCUCAUGCCUUCCAUGACAUGAUGGGCCAGCACUCUUGGCAGAUCUACGAUUAUUACGACGUGUCGGGCCUACAUCUUGCCGUGCAUUUUGUGCUCGAUGAGGCAGUCAUCCUGUUGCUUAAGAACGGAUGUGAUACAAAUGGGCGCGAAGGAAUGGAGGUGACACCACUGCUGAUGGCUAUCGACAGACAUAUAGGUAUUGCAGAGUUUCUACUUGACAAUGGAGCUCAUACAGGCUCUUUGGCAGGCGACAGCAUAAUAUAUUUGACUACCGCUAUGGAACCGAAGAACUACGACGAAAUCCUUGUCCAAAAGCUUAUUGCAAAGGGCAUUGACGAUGGAGAAGAUUUUUCGUUAUACUUGUUACCAGCAGCAAAGUUCGGUCACGAGAUUAUUGCGAAAUUAUUACUUGACAAGGGUGCUGCUAGUAGUGCAGUAGACAACGAUCUUAAUACGCCAUUGCAUUUAGCAAUUAUAUAUGGACAAGAAGCAAUUGUGAAAUUGUUACUUGACGAGGGUGCCAAUAUCGAGGCGGAGUGUAGUGGCCGGAGACCAUUACAUAUCGCUUUUAGUGGCAACGAGGCAAUUGUUAAGCUACUACUUGAUAAGGGUGCAGAUGUUGAGGCAGAGUAUAUUGGUCAGAGGCCAUUGCAUAUCGCUGCCAGUGCUCGUGAGGCGAUUGUUAAGUUACUACUAAAUAAGGGUGCCAAUAUUGAUGCAGAAGAUGAUCGUGGUAGGAGGCCACUGCAUAAGGCUGCCAGUGGCCAUGAGGCAAUUGUUAAGUUACUACUUGAUAAGGGUGCUAAUAUUGAAGCAGCAGACCAUAAUGGUCGUACUCCACUGCAUGACGCAGUCUUUGGUGGAAAAGCAAUAGUCAAGUUGUUACUUGACAACGGUGCCGAUAUUAAUGCAACAACCGAGGAAUUUAAAACGCCAUUGCGUCUAGCCAUUAUGUAUGGGAGGCAAGCAAUCGCUGAGUUGUUGAUUGAUAAGGGUGCUAAAUGGAUUGAGGGAGCAGACGUUUCAUAA